CAUCCGCUUCCUUUUGUCACUGUGAUUCAGUCUGUUUUUUCAUCUGAAGCACGCAGGGAAAUAGAACGACAGUUAUUGAAAAGAGGGAGAUGAAAGGAGUGUGAAGCACAGAUGCAAUUUUCUCUCCCGACUCUCAUAAAGGGCUUUUCGGAGGGAAAUAAGAGAUUGACGCAUACGAAGGAGAAAUAAGUGGAUGUGUGAGAACCAUUUACAAGUUUGAAGACAAACCAGUAAAGAGGCGAGGAUCCAGGAACAGAGAGAACAAAGAGAGAGAGGGGGGACCUGUUCAGUCCCUCAUCAAGCCAAAAGCCUUUCAUUUAUUAGAGAGCAACAGGGUAGUCUGUCUCCAGCAUCUGUAGCGUCAAGCCGUGGAUACAUGUUAGUUCCAAUAGGAUGUGCGGUGGCGUCAGUUUGAGGGUUCUCUUCGACAGCUUGCCUGUGAGUGAGUGGGUGGAGUCCUUUCCCUCCACCCGCUCUAUCUGGUUUGGUGUGUGCUGGUAGUGUAUGUAUGUGUGGGUGAACUCCGUUGCUUGCUCAUUGCUGUCUUAUGGUUGCUAUGAUCGUCUAGUCGUCAUUCGGCCUCGUUAACUGGGUUGUUGUUUACGUGUGUGUGUUUUUUUUUGUGACUCUCUUGAGUAUCAUUAGUUGUUACGGAGUGUAUGGUGGAGCAGUAUGCAUGUAUGUAUGUAUGUACCAGCUCUUGAAUAGCAUGUUGGGAACUGCUUGACAUCCUUCCAAAAAGACUUCCACCUUCAUAGACUUGACGCAGAAUGGUGCCACAGCAAGUGGCAGUUGCACACCACUGUUUCUCCAUACAUGCAUAAUGAAUGCAUAUGGAUCCAUUAUGCAGGAACUGAAGUCCCUUCGGAGGGCUUGAGGCCCAUGUUAACCUCCAUCAGUGGUUUCCUCAAACGUCCAGUGAAGCGCAAUUCGUCGGACCGCAACCCCUGUUGUCAGUCACCAGUGACAGUGACUGUCUGCCUCUCUGUCUGACACCUCUGAGAGUCACCUCUUUGUCAUGCUCUCUUUUUUUUGACCUUUUAACUGAAUCUCUACAUUUCGGUGUUAAGCUUUGAAAGAGGCCAUAUACAGAAUCUGUGGAGCCUUUGAUCAACAGGAGAGAUCCAGGAUUAUCUGGCUUUAUCCAUCCCUCCACCGUCUCUUCUCCUCUCGACUGCUCCUGUUGGUGCAUUAUCAUGAUUGGUGUAAACAGCAUCCACUCUGAUGGGCGGAAUCGCUCCCGCUCUCUUUGCUCUGUGCGUGUUCGCCGGGACUUCCGAGUGAUGGACCCUUUCCGCUACCCCCGCGCCCCUCGCUCUCGUUCCCUCAAACCCUUGUCCUUCCCUGACCUGCUGGGAAGGUCCCAGGAUGGACAGAACCACCCACAGGCCCGCAAGAAAAAGGCACAGCUUGGAAAAUGCAGGGCCUUGUACAACUCCAUUAGAAACGAGAAGCUCCAGUGGACCAUCGACGAGGAGGAGUUGCGCAAGUCCUUUUCAGAGUUGGCCGAUUUGCGCACCGACUCCGCCUCUCACACCAUGAAGCGAAUCGGCAGUGGUCUAGGCGUGGUUCAGAAUCCUGACGCCCUGAUCUAUAAGAAUGGUUUCCUGGUGCGGAAGGUCCACGCAGACUCUGACGGCAAAAGAACCCCUCGAGGUAAGAGAGGGUGGAAGACGUUUUAUGUCAUGCUGAAGGGAUUGGUCCUUUACCUGCAGAAGGGAGAGUACCGUCCAGAUAAGCAGCUGUCUGAAGAGGAUCUGAAGAACGCUGUGUCCAUCCACCACUCUCUGGCCAUGAGGGCAGCAGACUACAGCAAGAGGCCCAACGUGUUCUACCUGCGCACUGCAGACUGGCGAGUGUUCCUCUUCCAAGCACCUAAUGCAGAGCAGAUGCAGUCGUGGAUCACCCGUAUCAACGUGGUCUCAGCCAUGUUCUCAGCGCCACCCUUCCCUGCUGCCAUCGGCUCCCAGAAGAAAUUCAGCCGCCCGCUGCUGCCAGGCUCCAACACCAAACUGUCUCAGGAGGAACAAGUGAAAUCCCAUGAGACGCGUUUCCGGACCAUCUCCUCUGAGCUGAUCGAGCUAACUGCUGUGAUUCCAGACAAAAAGGCCAAAGUUCGUGAUCUGGAAGAGCACAAGCAACGUGAGGAGUACCUGGAGUUUGAGAAAACUCGCUAUGGGACGUACGCAAUGCUACUGAGGUCUAAGAUCCGGAGUGGGGAAGAGGAUCUGUCUCUGUUCGAGUCACGCCUCUUUGACGAUGGGGGUCUCCAGAGGGCCCACUCCAGCCCCACUCUGCGGGAGGAGCACAGCAGCAGCAGCCAGGCCAGCAGUACCAGGGAGGGGGAAGCAGCAGCAGCCAGGCCAGCAGUGCCAAGGGGGGGGCCAGCAGCAGUAGUUCCAGCACCAGGAGGAGCAGCAAGACCAAACGCUCUGAGCCCCAGAGACACAGCUACAGACAGGCUGUCAAACAGUGAGAGGGACACAAGAGGGUGUUGGGGUGGACAGGGUGGUUUAAACGAUUGGACUAUCCGUGAUGAUCGAUACACAAGGACCACUGGUGUGCCCGGUCUCCAUGACUGGAAAAUGGUGGGGAGGAGAAAGAUAAUGAGGGGAUAGACCUGUUGCAUGCUUCUAUCCCGAGAAACCACAGACACUGGAUGCACCAGGGCUAAUUAUACAGUACAGUGGAUACUCAGUCUCCCAUUUUACUAUACAAAUGACUAACUUCUGCGUGGUCCUACAUUACUGGUAAUAUCCACAUUUCAUUUUAUUUGAUUAUGCUUUUGGACCAAAUUUUUGUUGACAGAGAUCGGAAUAUUACGUUAAAUCAGUCAUUAGAGCUGGGGUUUUUAAGAGGUGUAGGUUGUUUUCCCUCCACUAAGGUUCAGUAUCGAUCCAUUCCAUCUACUGUAUGUCAUUACCGCCCAGCCCACCUCUCUGUGACCGAGACAGAGCUGCAUCAGCUGAUCCAACUGUUCCCAUGGAGACUAAACGGACCCCGUGCCCAUGUCAGGACCCCUACCGACCAGAGUGCCAGGACCUCAACCCACCCACAAUGCAUUUGGAGGAAACUGGAAGAAACACUGUAUUCUUCAUGAGACAUGAUCAAUUGGAACGAAUAUAGAAGGUUACUGGACAUCAUUUUACAAUGCUGCAUGCACAUACUAGUUUUGUUUUCAAAGUCUUUGCUAUGAUUUUGUUAUUCUAAGGACUUUUCUGGUGACAAACUGCACUGAUCCAGAACCAGGCCCGGUUUGAGUAACUGUGUAGCUCUGCUGGGUCUAAUGAUUUCUAAAGACCUUUUACACACAUCAGCUAUGGCACCGAGGGAUUUGUCAUACUAAUGGGUUGAUGAAGUAGAUUGAUCACACAGGCUGGCUAUCUGUCCGUUUAAUUAACUUUUGAAGAGAACUGCAUGCAUAUCAGGAGCUUGAUGACUCCGUCUUUGAGGACAUGCUUCACUAUAUCAAAAGACAAUCGUUUUUUUUAAAAUUCUUACGUUAUUCACGUGGUGUUUUGCAUUUGUACAACUGAAAAUGAAACAUGACAGAGCUUAGUUUACAGUACAUCUCAGUUGUAUGUCAAACACUCGUUUGAAAGUGUCUACAGGAAGAACGUCAGAUCAUUUUCAAAUGUUGGUAGAAUGAUUUAAAUUCAGUAUUAUGAAUUGUAAUGAGGCACUUUCUACCACACCCAAUAUAUUGUAUAAAAGAAUGUAACAUGUGUAAAACUAUAUGGAAUGUUACGGCGUGGCAUAGCCAUUUUCUUCUCAGGCUGGCAGUGUUGUCUGUAAACUGGUGCAGUAAUGCCACCAAAGGGGGCAGUUCAAAUGGGAAACGUUGGUCCUAGGUGGUAAGAUUGACUUGACUGUAUAAUACAGGGUUUAUCUGGGUGUCAUGGACUCAGAGGCUGCAUUUACACGGGCAGCCCAAUUCUGAUCUUUUCCCACCAAUCACAUCUUUUGACCAAUCACCACAGAUCUGAUCUGAUUGACCAAAAGACCAAUUCAAAAAUAAUAUAGAUCUGCUUAAAUGCAGCCAGAGUGAAGUCUUACUGCUUUACUUUCCCACGUGUUAAAAUAUGACCACGGUGAAAUAGAUUCCAUGGGCGGAGGUUCCCAACAGUA